UCCCCCUCAUGAAUGAACCUUGAACAGCUCUAGAGAGAGAGAGAGAAGAUAGAGACAGAGACAAGAAGAAGAAGAAGAAGCGGUUCGAGAAUAAUAGGAAGUAAGAUCAGAGAAGGGCUUAUCGCAUGUUUGCUUCACGCAAACAACUAAAUGUGGGGAGUUAACCCUUUCUCUUUGCUCCUUCGCGUGGCUUUAAAGACUUCUUCUACAUCCUUUCCAAAUCCCUCUCAUUAAAUACUCUCUCUCACCCCACCAAACCCUAACCAUCUCUCUCUCUCUCAACCUUCUCAAUUAUAUCCUCAUCAUCAUCGUCAUCACCACCUUUCUCUAAAACCCUAAUCUCUGUAACUUUCUUUGCUUUCCCAACAGAUUCUCGUUAUUCCCCGGCCAUUUUUAACAUGAGUUCAAACUCGGCCAGUACCGUUACUGGCGGCGGUGGUGGAAGCGGCGGAUGCGGCGGCGGCGGCGGAGGUAGCGGCGGCGGCGGUGGGCCGUGCGGUGCCUGCAAGUUUCUGAGGAGGAAGUGCGUGGCGGGGUGCAUCUUCGCGCCGUACUUCGACUCGGAGCAAGGCGCGACGCACUUCGCGGCGGUGCAUAAGGUGUUCGGAGCCAGCAACGUGUCGAAGCUGCUUCUGAAUAUUCCGGUUCACAAGCGGCUCGACGCCGUGGUCACAAUUUGCUUCGAGGCUCAGGCUCGGCUCAGAGAUCCUGUCUAUGGCUGUGUCGCCAAUAUCUUCGCUCUUCAGCAACAGGUUGUAAAUCUACAAGCAGAACUUUCCUAUUUGCAAGGCCACCUUGCUACAUUACAAUUGCCCCAACCACCACCACCACCACCACCUCCACUGCCACAAGCAAUACCAACACCAACAACACUUUCUAUUGCCAACAUUUCAACCGGGAUGACCUCUUCUCUCCCGGCAACAUAUGAUUUAUCAUCUCUCUUUGAUCCAAUAGUCCAAACAUCUUGGGCCUUACCACAACGGCCCAUGGACCUAAGCCAAUAUGGGCCUGGCAGCUCAUCAUCAGGUGGUAGCGGUGGUGGCGAUCUUCAUGCCCUAGCAAGAGAACUCCUCAACAGACAUGGGUCUCCUCCAUCUUCAUCACCUAUGGCUUGCUCUAAAGCUUCCUCUUCAUCUCCAUCACUUUCCAAAUGAUGAUUCAUAUAUUCAUCAACCGAUCUUGGCCUUCAGUUAGGAAAAGGGGUCUUCAUAUAAUUUCUCAAAGAUGUUCAAAUUAGCCAGUAAUUUUAAUAACUGUUCUUUGAAUCUUUUUUAUCUUUAUCCCUGGCCCCCCUUUUUUUGGUUAAAAACUGGCUGAGGAACUUAUUAUAUAUUGUAGUCCUACAUUUUUAAUUUCUCAUUUUCAAUAUUUUGUUUUCA